GUGGAAUUUGGGAAAUUUCUGCUCCUCUGCUCUCGAAGGUUACCCAAUUCUCUUUUUCUUUUUCCUGUAGUUUUAACUUCUGAGUGUGCAGAGAAGCUGAAUGUUUUGUUGCGGUUUAGUUAGAGAGCUCACUUGAAUCCAUCACAUCGCACAAGAGUGAAGUAUCAAAGUCGCUCCCUUAAAUGGUGGGGCCAGCUAGAUGAAUAAAGGGUAUCAGUACACUAUUACUACUGUAUAAAUAGUAAUACUAGUGCAGUAAAAUCUCAUAUUUUCCCCACUUUCCUUUCCAUAAAAAUAUCAAAAAUAUGUUGGGGUUGUUUCCCGUUCCCGUUUUCCCGAAGAGAAGCAAAAGAAAGCAAGCAAGAAAGAUAGAAAGAGAGAGAGAAGAAAUGAAGAGACAGAUACAGAACAAGAGAUCCUUGAUCGAGAUCAGAGCUCCAGAGAGAAAGAAGAAAUGGAAGAAAACGACAUUGAUGAUGAUUGUGGUGCCGAUAGUAGUACUGUUGUUUCUUUUCACCUUGUUUGGUUCUUGUUAUGGUGACCAAUUUCCCCUCUUUUCUUCUUCUUCUUCUUCUUCUUCUUCUUCUUCUUCUUCUUCUUCUUCUUCUUCUUCUUCUUCUUCUUCUUCUUCUUCUUCUUCUUCUUCUUCUUCUUCUUCUUCUUCUUCUUCUGAUGUUGGAAGCAGAAACAGUCAUUAUUCAUCAAAGAUUUCUUCGUUAUUCAUAAUGGGUGAUUCUUCAGUCAGUUGUGGUGAUGGUGGUCACAAUCCCUUCUACUCUCUUCUCCGUCCAAAUACUUCUUUAUUUCCUUGUGAUGGACCUCAGACACGCCUUUUGCCUGAUCUUCUUGCUGAGAAGAUGGGUUUGCCGAGGAUUCCAGCAUUUCAUGCUGAUAAUGGAACUAUUGAAGGUCUAGAAAAUGGUAUAAACUUUGGGUCAACACAAGCGACAAUCUUGAGCUCAGGCAGGCUAGGCUUCCAGGGAUUGAACCAACAGCUACGCCAGGCAUAUGAGACACUUCAGUUGUUGCAGCUGCAGUUGGGACAGGAGAAAGCUCAAGAAGUUAUAGAGUCAUCCGUGUUCUAUCUUUCUUUGGGCAAAGACGACUACAUUAAUUUCUUACACCCAGAUUCUUCUGGUGCCAGGCACAGAUUCAGCAAAGAAGUGUUCACACAGAUUCUAGUCAACCAGAUGAUCCGGGUUGUCAAGGACCUUUACAAUGCAAAUGUGAAGAAGAUUGUAUGCAUGGGAAUUGGUCCUCUUGGAUGUGCACCUCGCACCUUAUGGGAGUCAUCUCGUGGUAAUGAUAGUCAUCAUCCGAGUCACACAUCAUCAAAUUCUGGUGCUGGCAGUGGUUGGCAAGACUGUAUGGAAGAUGUCAAUGACCUUGUUCUAGAAUACAACGCAUUGUUGUCAGAGCGGCUUCUGGACCUAAAUUUUGAGUUUCCUGAUGCUCAGAUAAUCUUCUGCGACGUGUACCAAGCUAUGAUGGAUAUUAUUUCAUUCCCUAGACGCUAUGGGUUCGAGAAUGUAAAUAGGUCGUGUUGUGGAAGUGGUAGAUAUGGUGGUAUGGUAGGGUGCCAAGCUAUUGAGAUGGCAUGCGACGAGCCAUUGACCCAUGUCUGGUGGGACUUCCACAACCCUACACAAGCUGUGCACUCAUUGCUUGCUGAGUCGGCUUGGAGCAGCAAGCCAUUGGAUAUUUGCAGACCAAUCAGCAUUGAACGACUCUCAGUUCCGUACUCAGUGUAAAAACUACUUCAUUGUACUUUCUACAAGGGCUGAACCAUCGAAAUUUACUAGGCCUCACGUUUCUCUAGUGGUUCAGGGUCCUGAACCUGAGUUACUUUUCUUUUUCAUUUACAUGUUUUUUGUUGGCAAUUGUUGUCCUGUAAAGUUGAUCAAUGUAAAUCCAAAUGUGAUAUAAAAAUCGAAAUUUUGCACGUA